UUAAAAAUCCAGAGACUGAAACAAUAAAAACACUAAACGAUCGCUUUGCCACACACAAACACAAGCACACACACACAUGCACACGGAGACACACACAAACACUCGCAUACAUACAGAGACAGAAAGGACGAAGGACUCAGAACACAGAACUCAGGACUUGUGCGUCUGUUAACAGCCGCAUUUAAAUUCAAAUGCGAAACGUUGAUCAAACGGUGCAGACGUGUUUUUCCCAACGGUAGCGCUCGGCGUUUUCCCUUAACGAGUAUUUCGUGCCACGACUAAAGUGUACAAGGUUUGGAAAAUUUUCUAUUUUCCUAGCAAAUAUAUAUAAACAAGAAAAACAAACACAAGUGCAAGUUAAAGAACAAGAGUGCUGAAUUAAACAUUUGAACUGCAAACCUAAGCAAAAAUCUAAAGCCAUGUCUUCCUCCGAGGCCGAAGUUGACAUCAGUGUGGUGUCCAGUCCGGAGCCGAGUCCUUUGGGCGCCGCUGCCCGCGACAGUCCGCUGCUGGCCCGCUCGCCGGCCCGCUCCGCCGACGGCAGUUCGCCUCCGGCCACGCCCACCCAUCGCUCCAAUACGCCCAACACGGCCGCCGGCACGCCCACAACGUCCGCCUCGGGCGGCAAUCACUUCCAUCACAGUCCCAGCGGAGGCGCUGUACCGCCGGCGGUGUUGCACCAUCACCUGCAGCACCACCUGAGCAGCCUGGGCGGCCAUCCGGUGGCGCUGCAUCACGCGCUCCACACCUUUGGCCACUUGCAUCCCGCCCACGGGGCCACACAUCCCGCCCUGCUGCAGCACGCCCUCACGCCCACCGGCCAGCAGCAGCAGCAACAGUUGCAGGUGCAGCAGCAGCACCAGCAGUCGCAUGUAGAGCGCCUGAGUCCGCCGAUGAAGAGUCCGGAGCGGAAUGGCGGCGAUGAGGUGCAGGGACACAGUCUGAACAACAACAAUAGUAAGGCCCUCAAUCACAACAACACUUGCGCCUCGGCGGCCGCAGCAGCGGCAGCAGCAGCGGUGGCAGCGGCCAACCUGAGCAACAACAGCAACGACAGCAACGGGAGCAGCGGGUGCGGCGGCGGCAAGAGCACCACCGGCUCCAACGGAUUCACCAGCUUCUCCAUCUCCAGCAUCCUGAGUCGCAGCGAGCCGGCCAAGAAGAACGGCGCCGCCGGACUCAUCACCCCGAUCCCGCAGUUGCCGCAACCAGGAGCCGGCGGUCCACAGGAUGCGGCCAUGCUGUCCAGAUUGGGUUUCAUAUCGCAGUGGGGAGCGUUAGCCGGUCGCUAUGCCGCCCUGUGUCCGCCCGGAUGGCCCUGGGCCCCCCAGCGACUGCCCUUCCACAGUCCCACUCAUGACAGCUCCUCGACGAACACGACCGAGAAUCCGCCAUCGCCCACUUCCAUGAGCCCGAACAACAACAAUAACAACAGCAACACCACUGCCAGCUCGAACCAGGCCAGCAAAUCGCCCUCGCACCACCCACUGCACCCCCUGUACCACCCACUCGGCUCGCAACAGCAGCAGCAACAACAGCAGCAGCACCAACAGCAUCCACAGCAGCAACAGCAUCCACAGCAGCAGCAGCCUCACCAGCCCACCACGCCCACCAGCAGCAGCAGCAGCGGAGGCGGCAGCAGUCUGGCCCACCAUCCGCAUCCGCAUCUGACCGGCUCACAUGGCGGAUACUUGCUGCCCAGCAGCUCCAACGAAUCCGACGAGGAGGGCGAGGAGAUCAUCGAGGAGGAUGAUGGUACGGAUGGACCCUCCGACAGCUCCUCGCCACAUGGCGAUGGCAACUCGAAGAGAAAGAAGAAAACCAGGACUGUGUUCUCGCGCGCCCAGGUCUUCCAGCUGGAGUCCACGUUCGAUCUGAAGCGCUACCUCAGCUCCUCGGAACGAGCGGGUCUAGCCGCCUCGCUCCGUCUGACCGAGACGCAAGUGAAGAUUUGGUUCCAGAAUCGCCGCAAUAAGUGGAAACGCCAGCUGGCCGCCGAACUGGAGGCGGCCAAUAUGGCCAACAUGGCGCAUGCGGCACAGAGAUUGGUGCGUGUGCCGGUGCUCUACCACGAUGGCACCACGGCCGGAUUUGUGCCACCGCCGCCGCCACAUCACCACCCCAUGCAGUACUAUGCGGCCGCACGCAACACCAGCCCCCCGCGACCCCCGCUCUCGUCGCUGGUAUAGGGAGUGGGGUGCCUGGCGAC